AUCAAACUCGCCAAUGAUGUUACGUAUAGACGGAUGAACCAGACCAUGGAAAGAAUGGUCAAAAUGACCGACUCCGAACACACCCAUUUCAUGCGCGUGGCCUUUGGUCAGACCUCGCCUAUGGUGCCAGACUACGAUUCUAUCGGGCCUCUGGAGUUUACAGAUCCUACGCUGAACGACUCCCAGAAGGAGGCUAUCCGGUUUGCUCUGGCGGCGCGCGAGAUUGCCCUCAUUCAUGGCCCGCCCGGGACCGGCAAGACGCACACGCUGAUCGAGCUGAUCGUGCAGAUGGUGCAGCGCAAGCAGCGGGUGCUGGUCUGCGGUCCGUCGAACAUCUCCGUCGACAACAUCGUGGAGAGACUGGCACCGAAGAAGGUCCCCGUGGUGCGCAUCGGACAUCCGGCGCGGUUGCUACCGUCUGUUCUGGAUCAUUCAUUGGAAGUGCUGACGCAUACGUCGGAGGCGGCGGAGAUUGUUCGCGACGUCCGCAAAGAGAUCGACCAGAAGCAGGCGAGUAUUCGAAAGACCAGGUCAGCACGGGAGCGACGGGCCAUCUACGAUGAUCUGCGAGAACUGCGGCGCGAGUUCCGCGAGCGCGAGAACAAAUGCGUGGAGAACCUGGUCCGCGAGAGCAGCGUGGUGCUGGCAACGCUGCAUGGAGCAGGUGGCCACCAGCUGAAGAACCAAAAGUUCGAUGUGGUCAUCAUCGAUGAGGCGAGUCAGGCACUGGAGGCGCAGUGCUGGAUCCCGUUGUUGUCGGCAUCCAAGGUGGUCCUGGCUGGUGAUCACUUGCAGCUGCCGCCGACCGUCAAGUCGACCAAAGAUGAUGCCAAGAAGAUGAAGGCCAAAGAGGAGGAGGACAAGAAAGAAAACGGGGAGUUGCUGGACAAUCUCUCUCUGGAGACGACUCUCUUCGACCGACUGCUGUCGAUGCACGGCCCCGGAAUCAAACGGAUGCUCACGACGCAAUACCGGAUGCACGAGAAGAUUAUGCAAUUUCCGUCGGACGAGUUGUAUGACUCGAAAUUGAUGGCUGCAGACUCUGUCAAGGCUCGACUGCUAAAGGACCUACCCUACGAAGUGGAGGAGACCGAUGACACCAAGGAGCCGUUGGUGUUCUGGGACACGCAAGGUGGUGAUUUUCCCGAAAAGACCGAGGAUGCGGAUCUGGGUAAGAAAGCCCACCUGGGCGAUAGUAAGAGCAACGACAUGGAGGCUCUAGUGGUGAGCCGGCACGUCGAUGCGCUGGUGGACGCAGGGAUACACCCCGAAGAUAUUGCGGUGAUUACACCAUACAACGGUCAGCUGGCCGUGCUGUCGCAGAUGCUGCGGGAGAAAUACCCCAGCAUUGAGCUGGGCAGCGUCGACGGGUUCCAAGGGCGUGAAAAGGAAGCGGUGGUGGUGAGUCUGGUGCGCAGUAACAGCGAACACGAAGUGGGAUUCUUAGGGGAACGGCGUCGUCUCAACGUGGCCAUGACGCGGCCGAAACGGCAUCUGUGCAUCUGCGGUGACUCGGAGACGAUUAGCAAGGGCAGUGGGUUCCUUAAGCGAUGGAUGGGAUUCCUGGAGGAGCAUGCUGAUUUGCGGUAUCCGGAUGCUGGCGAUCUGUUGUGAUCAUACCUAGAUAGACUAGCUACGAAGUACCCUCGGACGUUGCUUGGGCCAUGAGUGUCACCGAUGGGAGGUCCUGCAAUCAGAUGCAGUGUCGUGCAACGUCUGCAGCAGACGGUCCCUUGCAGGAGAACAACAGACUCAACAAAACAUACGCGCAAGGGAUAGCAUUGGAGGCAAUUCAGACACGCGAUGAAAGAAUUGCCCAGAGAGUAAAUGCUAAUAGCAUGGGCGCAUUCCCCUGUCACGUCAAC